AUGACAGAGUAUUUCCAGGAGUUGUUCAAAGCCUCUGAGAUAGAAUGGCACGAGAUCAUUGAGUGUAAUGAGCCGUCUAUUAGCACUGAGCAAAAUUUGGAAUUAUUUAAGCCUAUUUCGGAGGAAGAGGUUAAAGAUGCUUUGUUUCAAAUGCACCCAGAUAAAUCUCCAGAUCCUGAUGGGAUGACACCAACAUUUUAUCAGAAAUUUUGGAGGAUAUACUACCCUCGGGGCUCUUAUCGAGAUGCAGUUUUGGGCACCAAUCCAAGCUUCAUUUGGUGGAGCAUAUGGGAGGCUCAAGAUCUGGUACGGAAAGGUGUAAGGAGAAGUGUCAGGUCGGGUUCGGAGAUUGACAUCAUUAAGGAUCCUUGGCUCCAUAGUGAUGAAGACAUGUAUGUGGUAUCUAAUCACCCUAGUCUUGGCAACAAGAAGGUGGCAUCUCUUCUUAAAAUAGGGCAACGUGAUUGGGAUGCAGAGUUGAUCAAUGACAUGUUUGUAGAAAGUGAUAAAGAGUUAAUCCUAGGUAUCCCUCUGAGUAGCUCGGCAGACAAAGAUCUUUGGCAGUGGACAAAGGAGUUGUCCUGUUUCUAUACAGUUAAAAGUGCUUACAAGUUCACUCCCGAGCUUAAAGGAAGAUGGUGGGUGGAUGAUAACUCUAGUUUUUGGCAUCAGUUUUGGCAGUUAAAGGUUUCGCCAAAAGCGGUUUUUGAAGCUAAUUCGAAGGAGAAAAGAGGUGUGGCUGGGAUGUUGUGUUGGGCACUUUGGAAGGGGCGGAAUGAUCUGGUUUGGAACCAAAAUAUCUUCUCUAUUGAAGAGGUGGUUGUGUUGGCUAAAUCUAAUCUUGAUCAAUGGUUGUCAGCUCAAGAGAAGCAUGCUUCUCUGUUUGUGGAUCUUCUACUGCCAGAGGACGGUGGGGAGUGUUGGACUAAGCCUCAAAUGGGAUAUGCCAAGAUUAAUGUUGAUGCAACCUUGUUUGUUAAUGACAGACAGAUUGGCUUCAGCUGUGUGGCCAGAGAUCAUGAUGGAUACUUGAUUGAAGCCAUUGCUUCUCGUAGGCGUGGAAUUGUGAAGCCUGAGAUGGCUGAGGCUUUAGGUGUGAAGGAGGCCCUGAGCUAG